UCCGCCCCUCACCAGACCGACGGCGCCUCAUCCACAGUAGGCUGCGCGUCUGCGGUCUGCACCAGCGGAGAAAGGCUGACCCAGAGCCGAGAUGGCGGUCCUCUCCAAGGAGUAUGGUUUCGUGGUUCUCACUGGUGCUGCCAGCUUCAUCAUGGUAGCUCAUCUGGCCAUCAAUGUUGCCAAGGCCCGCAAGAAGUACAAGGUGGAGUACCCGACCAUGUAUAGCACGGACCCCGAAAACGGGCACCUCUUCAAUUGCAUCCAGCGAGCCCAUCAGAACACGUUGGAAGUGUACCCUCCCUUCUUGUUUUUCCUAGCCGUUGGAGGCGUCUACCACCCGCGUAUCGUUUCUGGCUUGGGCUUGGCUUGGAUUGUUGGACGUGUUCUCUAUGCCUAUGGCUAUUACACAGGAGAGCCCAGCAAGCGGAAUCGCGGCGCCCUGGGCUCCAUCGCCCUCAUCGGCUUGAUGGGCACGACGGUGUGCUCCGCUUUCCAGCAUCUCGGUUGGGUGAAAACUGGCUUGGGUGCUGGGUCCAAAUGCUGCCAUUGAAGUAUACGGGUUUAAAAAUUCACAUUCGUUUUGAAUGACUUACCUUAAUUUCCAGUUACUUUUUUUUUUUCUAAAUAUAAUAAAACCUAAAUGGCUUUAGCCUCAUACCUAAA